AUGUCCAUUCCCUCUUUGGAAGCUCUUUUGUCUAAUAAAGACGAACUGAUAAGCUCAAUUAAAGAUGACUUAUUACUUUUACAAAAUAAGAACAAUAUAACCACCACCGGCAAUGAUGCUGAAGACGAUCUAAACGUCUCUAAGAUGGACAAAACCCCAGAUGUCAACACAAUUUUAACCAAAGAAACUCAACUAGCCACAGAGUUACAUGAUUUACAACAAUUGAAAACCAUAUCUUCAUUAAUUAUGGAAUUUAAAACAAAUUUUGAACUCUUUGAAUUGGAAAAUUGCUUUUAUUCUUUACAAUCAUUAAGGAAACAAAUUGGUACCAUUACCAUUAAUAAUAAUAAUCCAUCAUUUGCAAGACAGAAUUAUCAUUUCCAACGUUCUGUUAUCGUUUACAUUGAUUCAUUACAUCUCGAUUUAAUAUCUAGAAUCUUUGAAAUCAUCACUUUAAAAUUUUGGAAUAUUACCUCUGAAUCUAUAUCAUUCAAUCCAAAGCUUAAUGUUCAAACAACAGAUGGAUUAGAUGUGGAAAUUGCAUACGAUUCCUUCAUAAGUUCUAUAAAAAAUUUAUACUUCCCAAACGAUAUCAUAGAUUCUGAAUUUUGGAUUAUUUCAAAUGUAGAAUUGAAUGAUUUACAUGAAUCUAUAAGAAAUAAAUUACAAACCAUAUUCAAAGAUUAUAUUAACUUGGAUGGGGUAUCUGCUAUGAUAAAGAAUGCAAUAUUCACUAAUAACAAACAAUUUAAAUAUGCAAAUAAUAAAUUAUCCAUUAUAUCGUCAUUAACUUCAAUGAAUCAAACAGAUUUUUUGACAACAACAAUAGAAAGUUUUCAAAACAUAAUUACGUUCUUAAAUGAAACUCUCCCUUUACAAGAUCGUAACAUUUUACUAUCAAAAUUAGGGAAUACUAUAACCACUGAACUAUUAAAAUUCGUCAAAGUUAACAUUUCAAAAAUCUUAAAUAAUGAAAACAGUAAUCUUAUGAAAGAUCAAACAUUGAAAAUAAAUACUGAAUUGAUCACAUUUGCAAAACACUUUACCUUGUCAUCAUCAUCUCAUUCAGGUUUGAACAAUUUCAAAAAUUAUGAUGGACAACAAAUAAUUGAAUUAUUGAAUAAUAAUAGGAUUUAUUAUAAUUUACUAUUAGAUAAUUCGUUAUAUGAUCAAAUUAAACAAAUGAGAAUUAAACUCGCUAAUGAUACUGAUCCUAUAUGGGAUAUAAUCCAACUUCAUCAUAAUGCUCAAGAUAAGACUUCUCUCUCCGAAGAUAAAACUAACACCGUUAAGAAUAACAUUGAUAAUGAUAAUAAUGAUGACGACUGGAAUUGGAAUGAGGAAGAAGAGGAGACUACUCAUAAUGUUGACGGAGACGAAGGAGAUGAGGAUGUUGAUGCCUGGGGUGAUGAGAUUGAUCUAGAAUUGGAUGCUGAGAACGAAUCCUUAAAUAAAAAACCAUUAAAUCAUGGUGAAAAUGAUGCCGCUAGCUGGAAUGAAGCAUGGGAUAUUGGGGAAGAUGACAUAAAUAUAAAUAAUGAAACAAAUACUCGUCGUCGGAGUAGUACACAACCGAAAGUGGUCUCUAAUAUUGCUAUUACCAAUCUACCUGAACUCUUUUCAGGAACUUUAAAAAACUUCAAUACCUCUUACAAAGAAAUUGGAGAAAAUAAUAUCGAUAAGGAAUCUUAUAAUCAUAAAUUGAAUGUAUUACAAACAGCAUUUAUUAGUAUGACUAUGCCACAUUUUCAAAAUGCAAAUAAUUGGUGGGUCUUCUACAAUGAUAUGAAAAUAAUAAUAAAAGAUAAUGAAGAAAUACCACUAACAAGGAUACAAGAGUUAUCAUACUCUUAUUUAGAAACUGAAUUAAAUUUGAAGAAGAAACAUGUUUCUAAAUUAGUUGAGAGACAAUUACAAUCUUUAAAAAGGAAUGAAAAUAACCCUAAUUGGUAUAUUACAGAAGAUGAAUUAUUACCAUAUAUUAAAAGUGAAAUAAUUGGUCCAUUACAAAAUAUUAAUGGAAUUGAUUCACAAGAGAGAUCAUUACUUUUUUUGAAUUUCCUUUAUAAUCAUUGUAUCAUCAAUUCUAUUUUGAAAUGGGAAAUGAUUUCAGAUAAAAAUUCAGAACAUUUAAGUCAUUUUUUCCAAAUAAUUCUGAAUGAAACACAUGUUGAUUCUUUGGAACAUUUACAUUCUACUUCUAAGAAUUAUAAAGAGUUAAGAGAAAAGUUUAAAAUAAUUGGGAAUUUCUUACCAUUACAUAUGAAGGAAAUCAUGGAAAUGUUUUACGAUGGUGAUUUCUAUUUAUUCUCAACAGAGGAAAUUAUCGAAUGGUUAAAGUUAUUGUUUGCUGAUACUCCAGUAAGGAAAAAUGCAAUCGAUGACAUUAACGAAAUUAGGGGAGCGGCCCUAGAAAAUUGA